CACGAGCGACCUCAGACGAAAUCGACACUCCUUGGGCAGACUGAGCACAGGUAGGAAAGACGUCUAUUGGAGGUAGCGGUGUAAGUCCGAGGAGCAAUGAGCUUAUUGACUAGUGAAUGUGCAUUACAGGUAUAAAUAAUAUUAAGGUAAAUAGGAACGCAAUUUCAACGUGUUUGUUGUGUUUCGUGAACAAAAUGUACGCGUAAUGCUGAAAAAGUAUUGAAUUCCAUAAACCAUUAUUUUAAAUGAUGGAGGCAAAUGAAAACGUGACACCUACCAACUCGCCAACAAACACGCUUAAGAAGAUACCACCCGUCCGACAGCGCAAACAGUCUCCACUUAGGUUGCCUGACAUCAAGAUCUUCUGUGACAGCUACCAGCUACUCUUCAGUCAGAUGGUUUGUCCAAACUGUGAAGCGAUGAUGACAUCUCCCAUCCGCUUGUGCAGCUCCGGACACUCCUUCUGUGCCGAGUGCCUGCCUUGGAUAUCGCUGUGCACAAUCUGUUUCGCACCUCUGACUGACACGCCGAACAAGAACCUGGAGGAUCUACUAUCGCUGACUUCGUUCUGUUGCCCAGGACGGCUGAACGGGUGCGAUGCCAAAAUGCAACUCAGUUCGAUAAUAGACCACUACAAAUAUUGUGACUUCAGUGAGAUUCAGUGUCCCAUCAGUCGCAUCAAGGAAAAGAAAUGUGUGUGGUAUGGCCUGAAGAAACACUUUCCUUUACACGUGAGGAGGCACGUUAAUUGGCAAAUUCAAAUCCCAAAACACAAAAUCUUCUCGGACUAUUUCACUGUAACUUGGAAUUCGAAGCCAAAAUGCGCCUUCAUUUGUGUUAAAGACGAGAUAUUCUUGUAUUCCAGAUUUGUAAUCGAAGACAAGUGGUUCUGCAUGUUGCAGCAAACCGGGAUGACCAGGGGAAAGUAUGAAUGCGUGUUUCUUCUGGAAGGUGUCAACGGCUUGGAUCGUAUACGCAUGAGACACGCUAUACGAAGUACAGAUGAAAGUCUGAUGAACGAGUUUUCUUUUGGGCGAUACUUAAGAAUGUCGACAAAAAUGAUACAGCAUUUCAUCGAUGACGAUUACAUGAAUUUUACGAUUAUUAUCAAUGACGUAACUAAACGCUCAUAUCCUUAGAAUAACAGUUAUUUUAAACAAAGUAGCAAUUUAAUAUUUUACCAAUGACCAAAGACGAAGUGUAAACUUUAAAGUUUAAACUGAUAUUUAUUCCUCCAUGAAUAAUUUUUCUCCUUUUAGCACGAAUGUGAUAACGAAUUUGCUGUAAAUUACUAAUUCGUAUGUAGAUUUUAGGACCAUAUUUAUUGUAAAUUUUAUAUUAAGAAAAAAUUACUAAACUUUGAUAUGUUCUGUGAUAUAGGGCGAAUUUUCACACCAUGAUGUCGAUCAAAAAUUCAGUACAAAAUGUUGAUUUCUAAGCCAGAUAAUUCACGCUUAGCACUGAAUAUUUUUAUGUACGGUAUCCUGUUACCCCACAGAUAUAUUGUAAGUCGCAUUUAAAGAUUUAACUGUAAAGAUAAAAUUUGCUUAUCACAGAAAUGUUUUAAUUCUGUAUUUUACUGCACCAAAAUAAAUGUAAGUAACGUGAAUGAGA